AUGAUUUUACAGCAAUUUUGUAUUACAUUUAUAUUUUUAUGUGCAGCUUUGUGUAGCAAUGCACAAAACAUUAUUUUUUCGGGACCGGGUUUACAACCUCAAACUGCCGUUAUGCCUGCAAGAUAUUUCUUUGUAAAUUUUACAGAUGUCAAUGAAGAAACGUAUUCGUUGAAGUUCGCACAGAGUUUUGCUGUAGAAAUUACUGGGCAAUCCUUGAAAAAAGCUCGUUGUAGAGUAUGGUCAAAUGUCUUAGAUAGAAAGGAUGGCACAUUUAUUGUACGAUACAAGAUAUAUGAAGUUUGUUCAAAAUUGUCUAUUAAUAUGUACUAUAAGAGUAAACAUAUCCAGAAUUCUCCUAUAACAUUUGACGGUCCAAUUCUUCCAGAUCAAUGUACAUGCCCAGGAAAAGAUUUAAAUUUGUGGCUAAAAAAUAAUCAAUGUCCCUUAACUUAUGAUCAAAUUAAUAAGGAUCUUGAACCUUUUAAAACUGUGCAAAUAAAAUCUCAAAUUAAAACAAUAAUUAAGAAACAUCAUAGUCCAGAAAGUACAAGCUUUUGCCAUUAUGUUGUAAAAAAUAAUGAAAUUUUUAGAGAUUGCUAUGGGAAACAUGUAGGUUUUAACAUGUUUUCUGAUAAUGUGUUGUUGUCAAUUACUAGAAAAGUUGUGUUACCUGAUAUGGAGUUAAUGAUUAAUCUUGGUGAUUGGCCGCUGAUCAGGAAAGGAGGUGAACCACUGCCAAUGUUUUCUUGGUGUGGUAAAGACGACUCCCUUGAUAUUGUUAUGCCCACAUAUGACAUUACAGAGUCAACAUUAGAAAAUAUGGGAAGGGUAACACUAGAUAUAUUAUCAGUUCAAGGAAAUGUUAAACGCCAAUGGAAAGACAGAGAACCAAAAGCAUUUUGGAGAGGCCGUGAUUCUCGGGCUGAAAGAUUGAAACUCAUUGAUAUAGCUAGAGCCAACCCAGAUUUGAUCAAUGCAUCUCUCACAAACUUCUUCUUCUUUAGAGAUAAAGAGGCACAGUAUGGCCCUAAACAACCACACAUAUCAUUCUAUAAAUUUUUUGAUUAUAAAUAUCAAAUAAAUAUAGAUGGAACAGUAGCUGCAUAUAGAUUACCAUACCUUUUGGCUGGUGGUGGUUUAGUACUAAAGCAAGAUUCACCAUACUAUGAGCAUUUCUAUAGAGAACUUAAGCCUUGGGUACACUAUGUACCAGUAUCAAGAGAUCUUUCAGACUUGAAGGAAAGAAUACUUUGGGCUCAAGACCAUGAUGAUGAAGCUCACAGAAUUGCUAUGAAUGCCAAAAAGUUUGCAAAUGAAAAUUUAUUACCACAUAAUAUUCUUUGUUACCAUGUAGUUUUGUUUUCUGAAUGGAGUAAAAGAAUAACAGAUGAAAUAACAGUAAAGCCCAACAUGACUCAUGUGCCACAAGCAAAAUUUGAAUGUGAUUGCAAUUUGAAAAAUCUGAUGACUCAUGAAGAGUUAUAGUCAAUUUACGUUUAUUUAUUAAAAAAGAAAACUUUAAGUCAGAGCAAUCUCAAACUUUUCCAACUAAACAACUACUUUCAUAGUGGUUAUCAACUAUCUAUAAUACAUACUUUUAUUAUUACAUAGGUACUAUUAUGGUAUAAUCAUUCAUUGGUAAAAUUGUAUGACCAAAACAUUGUCAUAAUAUUGAAAUAUUAUUAAGUAAUUUAUCAUAAUAUUUUUAGUGUUAUGAACCUUUUAAAAAUGUGUAUUUAUGGUAAAAUUAGAAUCUCAA